UGUGUCAUUUCAAGCUUAGCUUUGUGGACUUUUUUCUCCGAUUUUGAGAGGUACGUGGUAGGUGGUGACGCCUGAACAGAAGAGAGAGAGAGAGAAAAAAAAACAGAAAAGGUGGUAUAAGAAAAUUGAAAACGUUGAAGAAAACGUUCACAAAGUAUCCGUAAGGCCACAACGCGUAGAAUUGUCUUCUUCUCUUGUCCAACUCUCCAAGUCGCAGCUUUGAUAAACUGACAGACGGGGAAUUGUAUCGAGCACCAAUUUCAAGUGUUAAUUUUGUGGCAGAAAACACUGCAUAAAACUAUGGCUGGUGGGUCAGCUGCGAAAAAGCUUAUCCAAAUUGAUAUCGUUUCAGAUACCGUAUGCCCUUGGUGCUUUGUGGGCAAGAAAAAUCUUGACAAAGCUUUAGAGGCAUCUCGUGAUCGAUACGACUUUGAGGUUAGAUGGCAUCCAUUUCAACUUAAUCCUAAUGCCCCUAAAGAAGGUGUUGAUAAGAAAAGGUAUUAUGAGGAAAAAUUUGGGUCUGGCAUGUCUGGACGGAUGGAGUCUCGGAUGUCAGAGAUUUUCAGAGGCCAUGGCCUGGAAUAUAACCUGUCCGGACUCACGGGGAAUACUCUAGAUAGCCACAGGCUUAUAUAUUUUGCUGGGCUUCAGGGUCAUGAGAAGCAACAUGAGCUUGUGGGUGAGCUAUUUCUUGGAUACUUCACACAGGAAAAAUACAUUGGGGACAGGGAAUUUCUUUUGGAAAGUGCUAGAAAGAUUGGAGUAGAAGGAGCGGCAGAGUUUCUUGAAGACCCCAACAAUGGACUCAAUGAGGUCAAUGAAGAGCUCAAGAAGUACACAAAAAACAUAAAUGGAGUCCCACAUUUUCUGAUUAAUAAUGGAAAGCAGGAACUAAGUGGCGGUCAACCUCCUGAGGUGUUCUUGAGAGCUUUUGAAACUGCCACAAAGUGAUGCAGCCUCACAUCUAAAAACAUUCUCUCCAUCUCCAAUAAGAAUGCAACCUUGAAAACAUGUAUUGAAUGCAUAUAACUAGUAGUUUUCUUUGUUGAGACACACUGGUUUUUUUCUUUGUUUUGGGUAAUGUAACUAAUGUUGAGUGUGAAUCUUCUCACAUGGUGUGAGAGUUGUGAUAUUGUAUAUGGUCCAAAAGGUGUGAGCGAGUUAAACAAAUAGUUGGGAUUUUUUUGGCUGUUGCCUGACAAUGCCAAUAGUUCUGCGGAGUGUAAUGUGCAUCAAUGGGUUUGCUUAUAUAACUUGUGCAACUCAUGCUGUCACUCGGUCUUUACUUUGUUGGAUUUAUAUAUCGUAGACAACGUUAUUAAAAAGAAUUGCUUGAAAUUCAUUUUCCAA